CAUAGCGGUUAGUGAGGCGUUUGCACGCGAAGGAAACUUUUGAGAAGUCGGAUCAGCCCGGCGGAGGGUCGUAUGAAGCUGGAGGCCCCGAGAGUCCUUGAACUCCAGGGCCUCUAUGAAUCUGGGGACGGGAAAAUGGGGAUGGCCAAGGCGGCCAAACGUUUGUGAACCUCCACAGCUCCCGACCUCUCCACUUCGGCGGCCCGGACACCGCACGGGUUCUUGGGCUGAAGUCGAGAAGAGCCAGGGUGCCUGGGCCAGAGGGAGGGCCAGGGCCGGAGGAAGGAGUCAGGGGCCGCCGCCGCCCCGCCCGUCGGGCUGUCCGCCCCGCCUACCCCGAGCGAGGCGGAGCCGGCGCCCGGAGGAGCUGGAGGAGGAAAGGUCUGAGCCGUCUCCAGGAGCCCUUGGAGACCGAGUCCCCGGCGGCGGCGGCGGCGGGGGGAGCGCACCGACAGAUUCAUUCCGCCACUUCGAACCUGAAAACUGUGGGCCGCAGGAAGUCUUCCUGCCCCAGCAAGCUCGGGUGGCUACAGUGUGCAGUAAUGUUAGGAGCACCAGGGUUCACUUCAGCCCUGGCACUUACUCGCUAGGUAUCCUACAGAACUUCGGUUUCCUCAUUGGGAAAGUGAUUAAUAAUCCCCGCUUCACCGUGAUCUCCAGAGUAGAGUGUCACCGUCUUAAAGCUGCUCCCUACGGCUCCCCUUCACUGGCUGAAAGCCUGUUUGGGGCCCAGUCUGAGGGUACAAAGCAAUGCAGCAUUGCCCUCAGAAUAACUGGACAGGCAGGACAUGGGGCUGGUCACAGUUUCACCACCCUUGAUCUUACAGCCUAUGAGCUCUAG